AUUCACCAUGCAUGCAUAAACAUCACUGCUCCAUAUAAAUCCCUCAAAACCCCUUCAAGAAAUCGCAUCCCAUCACCCAAAAAUCUCUAACAUUUGAAAUUAGUUAAAGAAGAAUCAGAGACCACAAUGCAGCUUCCCUAUCUCUUCAUCUUCUCCCUCCUCCUCGCCGCCGCCGCCUCCGACGCUCUCGUCCAAGACUUCUGCGUGGCGGAUCUCUCCCUCCCCGCUGGCCCCGCCGGCUACCCCUGCAAGAAAUCCGCCUCAGUAACCGUAAACGACUUCUUCUACCACGGCCUCACCACCCCGGGAAGCACCAAGAACCGCGUCGGCGCCGGCUUUGCCGCGGCGUUCGACGCCCAGUUCCCUGGCGUGAACGGCCUGGGGAUCUCCAUUUCCCGUCUGGACCUGGAGGUGGGCGGACUCGUUCCCAUCCACAGCCACCCGGCGGCGGCGGAACUGGUGUUGGUUGCCGAGGGGACGCUAACAUUCGGGUUUAUAUCGUCGUAUGAUAACAAAGUGUACAUCAAAACGUUGAACAAGUGGGAUAUCAUGGUUGCCCCGCAGGGCCUCCUCCAUUUCGCCAUAAACGCCGGCAACACUACCGUGCUGGCGUUUGCGAGUUUCAGCAGCCAGAAUCCAGGAAUUCAGACUACCCCGUUAGCCCUGUUCAAGAACGAUUUUCCGACGAAUUUGGUGGCCAAGACGACGUUCCUCGACGUAGAGCAGGUUAAGAAGCUCAAGGCGCUGCUUGGUGGCACUGGUUAAAUAAUUAAACUAAUUUUUAGUUGCUAAUUUGUUUAUCAGGACAGCAUUUGGUUGGGUGUUUUUUCUAAUACAGUGUUGGACUAUAAGCUAUCCAAAGUCUUUGU